AUGCCACGUGCUGCUGUGUUCCCGGCGCUCUUGGGCGGCGGUGAUGGCGGCUACAGCGCAGACAGCAAGGAGAAGGCGCGCGUUCUUCUCUUCGGCGAUGGCUUCACCGGCCGCUAUGUGGAGGCCCGGGUGCACAGCUAUGGGGAGGCGCUUUCCCAGGUGUUGGGCACUUCCGCAGAGGUGUGGGCGUGCCAGCCUUAG